AACUUCCGGUGAGACCGAGGAGCGAGGAAAUGAAAAUAGUCGACCUGAGAAGCAGCCCUGGACUCCUCUGUCCUCGCGUCACCUCCUCGUGUCCCUCGUUCGCAUCUUACGGAGGCGGAGCUAAGAUGCAAGGAAGAGAAGCGAGUGAGGAAAGGAGGAGUCGAGGAGGGGUGUUGGGAUGAGGCUACAGACAAACCGCGUGCACGACCCAAAGCAAAUUGUCUCCAACCGUUCUUUAAGCUGAAGGCGUGUCUGCAGGCGUUUCCCCAGGCGAGUAAACACAUGUGGGUCAGAGUUGGUAGUCAGUGUGAGUGGAGGAGCACUGAGUCAGGAGCAGAACAUGUUCGUCACUAUCCUGCACGGAGCAGGAUGGAGAUAUUAAAUCUCAACUGUAAGCUGAUAAACUUCAUCCAUCAUUUAAAGGAGCGAUGCGGUCUGGACUUCAAAGAGUGCGUGGAGCUGAUGGACGGCGGUGGGAAAGUGAUGGAUUUGGAGGCGAAGCAGCAAAGUGUCGCUCUGGCCAGCAGCGUGCUGACGGAGAGACAACACUACUUCCUGCUGAGAGUGUGCAGAGAGGAUGAUGCUGCAGGUCAGAAAUAUGUUUCUCUCCUGAACCCCUGCAGACACCCGGAGAUAACAGAGCUGCUGAGGAAACUGUCUAACCCCGAUCAGGAGCAAGAGAAGAAGACGAGAGGACGGACGCAGAGGAGCAAACACAUCUCUGCAAACAACAAGAAAAAACACAUCAAAUAGUUUCUUAAAGUCCGAGGUGGAAGAAGUACUCACAUGUUGCACAGUUUGUCAAACUAGCUAUACUACAGCGUAAAACCCUCUGUUACAAGUAAGAGUCCUGCAUCAAAAUAUACUGAUUAUGCAGAAUUACCCAUUUUAGAAUCAUAUAUUUUAUUCUAAUUUACUAUAUCAUUAAUGAUGAAUUAUUGAAGGUGGAGUUUAUACUUGCACUGCUUGGUAGGUGUACCUUUAAUACAAUAUAAUUAUGAGGUGAUUUAUAUAUUUUAUGAAGCUAUCAAAGACACAGUGGAGAAAAAAGUACAAUAUUUGCUUUGACAUGUAGACGAGUAGAAGUAUGAUAAAGUGAAAAUAUUCAAGUGUAAUACAAAUACCUCAAAUGUGUACUUGUACUUGAGUAAAAUUACAUAUAUUCCUU